CGUGGCUGGACCCCCGGAGCUUCCUGCACAUGGAGCACCUCGGCCUGGGCUGGGUGCUGCUGGCCGGCACCUUGGCUGGCACCUUGGCCGCCAGCAGCACCCGCGAGCAAGACCUCGGCCCCAUCAGGGAGGAGGCGAUGGACAUGGCCCAGAACUCCUUCGAUGACCGGUACCUGGGCUGCAGACGCAAGAUGGAAAAGAAGCUUAAAAUGGUGAACCGCACCGAGUUCGAAAACCACACCUAUGCAGAAACCUGGAGAAAAGCAAAUGAGAAGUGGCGGAACUCCAACCACCCGCAGGUGCUGCGGUGGCAGUACGCGGUGGCCGUGCUGGCGUACACUUACCCUACAAGUCUGUACCGCAAGUUCAACGCAGCUGUGCGCAAGGAUGGGUGCUCCCGCGGGUACUACCUGGAAUGCUUCCCCUUCAAGACGCUGCAUUUCCUCCUGACCGAGGCCCUGCACACUCUGCGGAAAGCCCAGGGCCGCAGAUGCUACAACGUCUACCGUGGCGUCAGGGGCAUCCGCUUUACAGCCCAGAUCAACCAGACUGUCCGAUUCGGCCAGUUCGCCUCUGCCUCCCUCCAUAAGAAAGCUACCAGGAGAUUUGGCCAGAACACUUUAUUCAAAGUGUGCACCUGCCAUGGUGUUCCCAUCUGGAACUUCUCCUUCUACCCUGAGGAGAAAGAAGUCCUCAUCCCACCCUAUGAGGUCUUCAGGGUCACCAACUUCACACGUGACAGAGACAGAAACAUCAUCCAUCUCCGCUCCCAUGGUGUGCGCAGCAACUACAACUGUGCACUGCUGAAGGGUAAGGGCAGGCAGGGUGAGUGCCCCGGGAGAUGCUGGGGACAGGGCACAGCCCUGGGCAGGCGCCGCCGUGCUCCCCGCGCUCCUCCAGCCAUGGCUGCAGAGGAACGGGGGCCCCGUGCCACCGGCUCUGUGAGGGGAAGGGGAGCCUCGUGGUGAAGGCAACACCUCCGUGUGGGGAGCUCGGGGAGCCUGGGGAGCUUGGGGAGCUUG